UGCAUGCUGCUUGUUAUGAAAAGUAAUGAUGUCAGCGCCCAUGCGACGGAUGAUGUGAAACGGUCCUUUCCUUAGCCAGUGAAAGUUGACAAACAACUACAGCAGUGGAUUUUCGAAAUGUGUUUCCGACUAAAAUAAGAUCUAUCAGAGUAUGAACUUCAAACUGCAGAUCAUAGGUGUAUGAACGAAUGGAAUACAUAAAUACAGUACACCAUGUCUGAUAUCGAACACUGUCUUGGUAAGCUACUAACAGGCACUCCUCCCGCUGCACCUAUCCCUAAGUAUGACUUAAUGUUCAACGCACCAGCGAGAACCCACCAGCGCCCUCUAGUAUUGAACGAUAACUUGGGUAUUAUAGUAGCAGCAGUCAUCCUGGAUGAGGAUUAUCGAGUAGUCUUAAUUCAAGAGGCUAAGGAGUCUUGUCAUGGGCGCUGGUAUUUACCUGCUGGACGAGCAGAACCGAAUGAAACACUUCAGGAAGCUGUGAAGAGGGAAGUUAUUGAAGAAACAGGGUUGAUGUUUGAACCAUCAUCGGUUGUACUUGUAGAGAGUAAUCAUCUAUUUGGAUAUUGGAUCAGAUUUACAUUCAUUGGUCAUAUAACAGGUGGAAGAUUAAAGACACUGAAUGAGGCAGAUAAAGAAUCCUUACAGGCAAGAUGGUUUAGUGUUCCAGACAUAAAAACUGAAGUCGGAAUCAGACUAAGAGCGCAUGAUAUAGUCAUCUUGAUCCAGUCUGCAAUAAGCUACCUACAGAGAGAUCCUCUGCAUAGACAUGCAGCACUCUUGCCAAUACAUAACGCACAUAAGCAAAUGUGUAUACGGGCUAUGGUUGUCAAGCGUGAUCAAGCUGAGUUUUACGUCUUGCUGUGCAUGGAGGACAAACCACAUUUCCCGAUAGUGAAAGGGACAUCCAUUGCAGAAGAAGCACUGCGGACAAUUGACAAGGAGAUCUUCACUGCCAGUACUGGUUGUUUCCUACGUGGUUUGUUGUGUAUUGAGCACAUGGGUCGUCCCCAUGGCUCAGCAGAUGGUGUGUGCCUCAACCUACUCGCUGUAACAGACUUCCAACGAGAACUGAAGAAUCCCAACUAUAUAUGGCAUCAUAUCGCUAACCCUGAACUCAAAACCGUCUUAAGGAGCAAAAUACCAUCGCAACAUUGUCUCAAGUGUCCUUAGAGAUCUUCCUGAUGGAAGGGAUUAUUUAAAUAUGAUGGGUGUGUUCGAUUAGCUUCCCUGGGUCGACCAUGGUCUGCCCCGAUACAUUCGAAUAGCUUUGACGUCAU